AUGGAGAACGAAGAUUUACAACGUAGAAUGCAAGCUGAUCCAGAGGCACAACAAAGAGCAAUGGAACAAAAAAGAGAGCAAGAGGAGAGAAGACAACAUAUUAUACUUCAAAUCCUUACCCAUGAUGCAAGAGAAAGAUUGUCAAGAAUAGCAAUGGUAAAACCAGACAAAGCACGUCAAAUUGAAGAUAUGCUUGUUAAUGCAGCUCAAACAGGUCGUCUAUCAGAGAAGGUUGAUGAACAAAAAUUGAUAUCCCUAUUGGAACAAAUAAGUGAGAAGGCAAAGAAAACAACUGUCAUUAUGAAGAGAAGAACAAUCGAAGACGAUGAUUAG